CCCCGGCGCGCGAACCCACCCCGCCGCACGAGAUGCUCGCGUCCACGCUCCGCCGCUCCUCCGCGAUCUUCCGCGAUGCCGGCCGCGUCGCGUCCGUCCGCUUCAUGGCCAGCUCCAACGCGGACGAGUACAAGAAGUUCGUCGGCGACAAGGCGCACGUGACGUGGCCAGAGGCGUGCAACAAGUCGCUCGCGGAGAUGGACCCCGAGGUGAACGAGAUCGUCGAAAAGGAGAAAAGCCGGCAGUGGAAAGGCUUGGAGCUGAUCCCGUCCGAGAACUUCACGUCGCGGUCCGUCAUGGACGCGCUCGGGAGCGUGAUGACGAACAAGUACAGCGAGGGGUAUCCGGGCGCGAGGUACUACGGCGGGAACGAGUUCAUCGAUCAGUGCGAGACGCUCUGUCAACAACGCGCGCUCGCGGCGUUUCAUCUCGACCCGGAGAAGUGGGGCGUCAACGUGCAGUCGCUGUCGGGCUCGCCCGCGAACUUCCAGGUCUACACCGGGCUGCUCAAACCGCACGAUCGCAUCAUGGGUCUGGACUUGCCCCACGGCGGGCACCUCUCGCACGGCUUCCAGACGGACACGAAGAAGAUCAGCGCGGUGAGCAUCUUUUUCGAGUCGAUGCCGUACCGCCUGGACGAGUCCACCGGGCUCAUCGAUUACGAGUCGUGCGACAAGCUCGCGACCGCGUUCCGACCGAAGCUCAUCGUCGCCGGCGCGUCCGCGUAUUCGCGCCUGUACGACUACCCGAAGAUGCGCGCCAUCGCGGACAAGGUGGGCGCGUUUUUGCUCGCGGACAUGGCGCACAUCUCCGGCUUGGUCGCCGCGCAGAUGAUCCCGAGCCCGUUCGAUCACGCGGACGUCGUGACGACGACGACGCACAAGUCGCUCCGCGGCCCCCGCGGCGCGAUGAUCUUUUACCGUAAAGGUCAGAAGGGCGUCGACAAGAAGGGCAACCCGAUCAUGUACGACCUCGAGGAAAAGAUCAACUUUUCCGUCUUCCCGGGUUUACAGGGCGGCCCGCACAACCACACGAUCGCCGGCCUCGCCGUCGCGCUGAAGCAGGCGAUGUCCCCGGAUUUCAAAAAGUACCAGAACCAGGUCAUGAAGAACAUGGUCGCGAUGAGCGACCGCCUCAAGAAGCACGGCGUCGAGCUCGUCUCCGGGGGCACGGAUAACCAUCUCGUCCUCGCGGAUCUUCGCCCGCUGGGCGUCGACGGCUCGCGCGUGGAGCGCGUCCUCGAGCUCGCGCACAUCGCGUGCAACAAAAACACCGUCCCCGGAGAUAAGAGCGCGAUGGUCCCCGGCGGCUUGCGGCUCGGCACCCCCGCGUUGACGACGCGCGGGUUCGUGGAGGCGGAUUUCGAACGCGUCGCGGACAUGGUCUGGAAAGGGAUCGAGAUCACGAAGAAGCUGAAGGAGGUGCACGGGCCGAAGUUGAAGGAUUUCCGCGUAGCGCUCGCGGACGCGCCUCCGGGGAAGUUUCCGGAGAUCGACGCCCUGAAGUCGGAGGUUGAGGCGUUCGCCGCGCAGUUCCCGACGAUCGGAUUCGACAAGAAGGACGGGAAGUACACGCAGUCGUUGUGAGCGCGCGCGGAGAGACGACGACGACGGAAAGAAGGGAGUUUCGGCCGGCGGCGAAGAGGGAGGAGAGGAGUGAAGAGAGAUUUGUGAUGAUUGAUUGUUUUGUAUCGAUUCGAUUCGAUGUCGGUCG